AAUGGCGUAUGACGGCUGAGGAGCCACGGGUGCGAAACGCGCACGGGUGCUCGAGUUUUCGCGUAUCCGCCAACACCGGGGUGGUGAUCAAGUGCCGCGGUGCGUUGCACGUGUGUAGGUGUGUCGCGGUAAGAUGAGCGCGUCGACUGGCGUGCUGCCGUCGUACCAACGCCUCGCGAACGGCGUACCGGUGCCGUUAUUCUCGAGACGGUCCUUCCGUCCUCGCGAGAAGUACCUGAUCCUCCUGGUAUUCAUGACGUUCGGUGUCGUGUGUUUCGGCGCGUUCUUCUACCUGCCGGAUUUUCGCACCGGCGGCGCCGCCGUGAACAGUGUCUACCGCGUGUACCAGAGCAUGCAGAAGGCCGGACCGGAGCUGCUGCUGCCGGUGCCACCGCGCGCCUCCGGCGACGUCAAGGACUCGCGCUCGUCCGCGUUCGGGCACCCGAACGCGGUGCCACCGGGCCACGAGGGCAGCGAUCAUCAAGACGUGCACCUCGUCGAGGACAAGCAGAAGUUGCAGGCGAAAAUCGACGAGGAGUAUCAGCAACAAAAGACAUUAGAGAAACCGGACAUGGGUGAAUCGCGAGUGCGUACAAGUAGUUCCUCAUCGUUGAUAGUGCACAAGGAAGAAAUGGUUUUGGUGACAGUGCCACCAGCGCUUGCGGAUAAGCUGCCAUUAACCAUCGGUGGAGAGGAUAAGGAUCACAUCGCCAGGCAACGAAGGGACAAAGUGAGAGAGAUGAUGAAGCACGGUUGGGACAAUUAUGUGCGAUACGCAUGGGGGAAAAACGAGUUAAGACCAAUCUCGAAGAGAGGUCACAGUGCCAGUAUCUUCGGUGCCUCAAAUAUGGGUGCGACUAUCGUCGAUGGACUUGACACUCUUUACAUCAUGGGUCUUCACGACGAGUUCAAGCAGGGACGCGACUGGAUUGCCGAGAAUCUGGACUUCGAUAUCGUGAGUACCAUUUUCAAUUACACGCCUCUAUAUUUGCGUAUUUCUCAGUGACGUUUAUCAGCGAUAUACUUAUGCUGAGAUAAUUAUCGAACUUUCAGUAAAUCAUUUUAUAUGUCUUUAAAAGUGGCAUACAAUAGUCCCAUUUAUUAUAAUCCCAUUCUUACAUUUAAUUUAUACUUGUAGAAAUAGUUAAAACAAUUAAUUGAAAUACUCAACUUUUAACAGUUAAAAUAAAUAUUAAAAUAAAGCAACUCCUAUGAGUAAAAAUAAAUAAUUAAAACGAAGAAUGAAAAAGAUGGAUUGACGUGUUCUUUAAAAGGAAUGAUUUUGUUUUAUUUUAAUAUAUCGAUAGAUUAAAUAUUACGAUAAAUAUAUUUUUAUAAAACUCAUAAUAUGACGAAGCACAUAUUACUUUUAAUAAACCUGUCAAAUAUUUUAGUCCCGUGGGAUUUGGCUGACGUUAAUCACGAGAGAUCAUGAGAGAAUUUAACUAUGCUAAAUACAUAUAUCUUUUUCCGUGUUAAAUUUAUUUCUUUCAAAAAAUUAUGAAGGACAGUUUCCUUUUAUGAAAUUAAAUUAAUUUAAUAUAUUUUCUUAAAAGUAAGCAUUCAAAUAAUAGAAAUAUGUUAUAUCAUUCUUGUCAUAACAUUUGAUACGAUGUGAAAAAUAAUUCCAACAGAAGAAUAAAACAUAAAUUUCGAAUUUUAAAUUUGCAAAAACUAAUAUUUUUUCUA